CCAGAGGGAAAAGACUUAUGAACCUUUCACCACGACAGGAAGGUACCAGUUCUGGGCAGUUCAUCACCCAGUUACUGUACUAAAAAAGAUUGUGAGGACAAGCUGCUGCAUCACUGAUCUGAAGAAGGGCUUUCUCUUUUAAGACUGCAAGAAGAUACUACUAACUGACUGGAGGCCAAGAACAGAGUGCAGCACUGGCUGUAGGUUGGCUGGCAUGGGUAAUCUCAUUAAGGUGCUAACCAGGGACAUAGACCACAAUGCAGCACAUUUUUUCUUGGAUUUUGAAAAUGCCCAACCUACAGAAUCUGAAAAGGAAAUUUAUAAUCAGGUGAAUGUAGUGUUAAAGGAUGCAGAAGGAAUACUGGAAGACUUGCAGUCAUAUAGAGGAGCUGGCCAUGAAAUACGAGAGGCAAUACAGCAUCCAAAUGAUGAGAAGCUCCAAGAGAAGGCAUGGGGUGCAGUUGUUCCACUAGUAGGCAAACUAAAGAAAUUCUAUGAAUUUUCUCAAAGACUAGAGGCAGGACUGCGGGGCCUGCUGGGAGCCCUGACGAGCACUCCCUAUUCCCCUACACAACACCUGGAGCGAGAGCAGGCUCUUGCUAAGCAGUUUGCAGAAAUUCUUCACUUUACACUCCGGUUUGAUGAGCUCAAGAUGACAAAUCCUGCUAUACAGAAUGACUUCAGCUACUACAGAAGAACUCUGAGCCGUAUGAGGAUUAACAAUGUCCCAGCAGAGGGAGAAAAUGAAGUAAAUAAUGAGUUGGCAAACAGAAUGUCUUUAUUUUAUGCUGAAGCAACGCCAAUGUUGAAAACCUUAAGUGAUGCCACAACAAAGUUUGUGUCAGAGAAUAAAAAUUUACCAAUAGAGAAUACAACAGAUUGUUUAAGCACCAUGGCGAGUGUGUGCAGGGUCAUGCUGGAAACUCCGGAAUAUAGAAGCAGGUUUACAAAUGAGGAAACAGUAUCAUUCUGUCUGAGGGUAAUGGUGGGUGUCAUCAUACUCUAUGACCACGUGCAUCCAGUGGGCGCUUUUGCCAAAACUUCAAAAAUUGAUAUGAAAGGGUGCAUCAAAGUUCUUAAAGACCAGCCUCCUAACAGUGUAGAAGGCCUUCUAAAUGCUCUCAGGUACACAACAAAACAUUUGAAUGAUGAGACUACCUCCAAGCAAAUUAAAUCCAUGUUGCAAUAACAAUUACCUGGAAUUCGCACCUGCUGUAGACAGUAUUCUGCAAUGACUGAGAUGCACAGAUUUUUUUUUUUAGUGAUUGCAACUACUAUCUCGUUCAUUCUUGCUUUUAUUUUCUCUCUUCCUGUUUACUCUUUUUUUUAAUCACUUUCUUGUACCUAAGUAAGCUCAGACUUCUUUUCUGUGCCAAAUCAAUGAAAAUUAUCAAUUCUGGAAAGUAUUUCUACUUUUCAGAAUAGCCAUCCUAAGUGGCAGCUAAUUAUGCGUUGCAUUUGGAUUUCUCUGUACUGGGGAAAGAUUUGUGACUUGAACUAAAUAUUUUUAAACUUGUGGUUUUUUUCUUUUUUUGAAAAACUAAUAUUUAAUAUUGCUUCUUCUGCAUGGCAAGACUGCCUACUUCUGCUAUUUAAAAAUUCCUUGAUGACUUCAUUUUCUAUUGCAGCUUAUUUUCAUGUGCAACCAUGAGGAAACUAAAAGCAGAUUUGUUUAACUGUGUUUGUACAAAAUGGUACCCAACACAAAAGUUUUUUUAAAUGAGUAAAAACUGUUUUGUUUAAAAGUUACGUUUGCAUUUUGACUCAUUUUUGUAAGGAUGUAUGUUGUAUGUUUAACCUUUAAUAACUAACGUUAAACUGUGGUGUGUGCGUAGCAAAAUUACGUAUGCAUGUUCAUGUCAAAUGAUUGGCUGUGGAUAAGAUAAUAAAAUCAGCUUUCAUUUUUCUAAGUGUGGUUUGAUUUACCAGUAUUUUGAGUGAGAUGUCUUCGUGCC